GGCACGGCCAACUUGUGCGCUCAGAUUCAAAACACAUGUGCUGCUGCUUCAGUCACGAGUAUUUCUACGCAGCGAUAUAAUAUGGGAAAUCGAGGGUGGUUGGGAUCGCAGCUGUCGUCGUCGGCGUUGUUCGCGACGAUGUCGUUUGUUUUUGUUACCGUUGUAGUUGUUGUGCACGUGCCAGUAGUAGGGGGAUGAAUCGAGGUGAUGAAUGAGUUCGAGCAGAAGCCGCAAAGGGACGAUAAGCCAUCGACGACGCCGAGUGCUGACGAUAUCAACGAAAAAUCGAAGAAAAAGGUUUUUUUCAAAGAUUCGAGUGUCGACGAUCCAUUGACUGAUUUGUUGUUAUCGGAUAAAGAGUCUAGCGAAGACGAGAACGUAAAGAAAUAUGAACGGAAGGCUGAGAUAACUGAGGAAACUACGAAACUUUCGAAAAGCGACGAUAAACAAGAAACAAAAAUGAAAUCUUUAUUCGACGACGUGAACGACGACGACGACUAUCUGACGAAAACCACAACGAGCAGCGCCCAGUCGAAGAAAUUACUCAUGGAGGAUCUGUUCGGCAGCAGCCGAUCGAAAUCCAGUCCGGAUCUGCGUAAGAAGAACAUGUUCGAUUACGAGAUGCCGGCAGCGCCGAUGGUCAGUAGCAGUACGAGGACCAUACCCAGAGAGACGACGAUGACGACUAGUUCGAGAUUAUCGAGCGAGAUCACGAGCAAAGGUAGUAGCAGCAACGUUGGCUUUUCCUUGAGCGCGGGAAAGGAGCCGCGACGAGGCCGCAGAGCGACGCCACAGAACAACGACCCUCUGGGUUUGCUGUCGGCGCCGUUGCUCAUCGACGACACCCUGAAAAUCGAGGAAAAGCCGUCCGUGGUAAAAAUCUUCGAGCCGAGCAUCGGCGCAGCUCGCAAAGAGGAAGCAGCGACGGUGCCGAACGACGAUCUUCCCGAGUGGCUCGGCGGACCUCCGAAACUCGCGAGCGAUAAAGAAGCCAAGCUAUCCGGACUCACGGAUCAGUCGACGACCCUACUAGCGACGAGCUCGAGCGUCCUCACGGAUGGCAGUCGCGUCAACGACGCCACCACCUCGAAACUCCUUAGUAUGGAAUUCGAUCAACGGGCGGCUCUGGUCGGGAUGCAGCAGCAGGAGCACGAGCUACGAACGGCCCUGGCGCUUUCCCAGCAAAGCGGCAAGCUCAACAGUUUGUUGGCCACGCAGAAAGCCAAACUGGCCGAGCAGGAGUCGCAGUUCAACGCUCUGUUGGCCAGACAGUGCGAGAGGCAGGCGACGAUGGAGGCGCAAAUCAGGGCGCAGCAGGAGAGGAUAGACUCGUACAUCGGGGCGCUGGCCAGUCAACCCGAGGCUGGAUUGACGUUGCCGGUCGAUCAAGAGCUGCGUAGGGUGAAGGAGACGACGAGGGAGCGAGACGAGUGCGAGGCCGAGCUGCAGAAGCUCAAGUUGGAAAAGUCGUGUUUGGAGUGUACGUUGGAGAGUUUGAAGGAUAAGCACGAGAAAGAGACGACGAUGCUCGAAGAUUCUUACAAAAAACAGAUUACCUUUUUGGAGGAGCAAAUGGUGCAGAUGGAGAAGCGAAUGAUGGACGACGUCGAGUGCAUCGAGGCCGACUACAAGCUCAAGAUCCAAAAGCUCAAGGAGGAAAUGACGGAGAUCGAAGCGUAUCGCAAAGCCGAGCGAGAUCGGGCGAAGGCGGAGCACGCGAAGCUGAUCGCUGAGAUGCAGGAUCGACACUUCAAGAACGUCGACCUCCUGCAGCGCGAGCAUCUCGAGACGAUCGAGCGUCUGACCAGGACCAAGGAGUCGGAGCGUCGCGCCAUGAACACCAUGACCCAGGAGAGCACCAACGUUCAGAACAUUCUGAACAAGUCGCAGGUCAUCGUCGAGGGCCUCGAGGGGAUGCAGAAGAAGUUUCAAAGCAGAGACGAGCGUUUCGACGAGUCGAGGGAUCAUCAUUACUCGAUGCUGGAGAAGAAUAUCGAGUAUUUAAAGGAACAACUGGAAAAGCAGAGAGAAGCGUUUGGCGAGGAGAAAAAGAAAUUGACGGCGACGAUCGAGAAAUUGGAAACGGAAAUCUCUCAAUUGAUGCUGGAAUUCCACAAGCAGAAUGCGAGCCUGAAAGAAACCGAAGAGUUGUAUCGUUCGAAGGAGCAAGCCCUGCUCAGAGAUCGCGAGAUUCUCGUCGACCAGACGAAUUGGGAACGUGAACGGAUACAAGCCAUGAGGGAAGCGUGGGCCAAAGAGCAGAACGUGCAGAUGCAGUGGCUGGCUCAGGAGAGACAGACGAUAGCCGCCGAGAGAGGAAAGCUCCAGAUCUUCGAUCGACUGAAAAUCGGCGAAAACGAGUCUUCCAAAGCUGAGUUGGAAGCGACGAUAAAAGCCGCCCAAGAUGCCAAAGCGUGUGCCAAUCAGGAGAGACUCAAGUGGAGGGAAAAGGUAGCCGAGCUCGACGCGCAAGCCAACGAGAUCCGCGAGAAGGAGGCCCGACUCGUGCAGAAAGCUCGCGAGCUUCAGCAGUUCACGCAGUCGGCCGUGGCCAAGAGGGACGAGGGCCUGCAGGCUCUGAAGCAGGCCCGAUUCAUCGAGGAGCGAUACAAGGAGAAGCUCGGCAAGCUGCAGAUACAGGAGGACAUUCUCACGCAGAAAGAGAGCCAAAUCGCUAUUGAGAAACUUCAGUUGGCCAAGGAUCGAUUGUCGAUUCACAUCAACGAAGCGGAGAAGCCAGAGGAUGCCCUCAACAGAGCCAACGCAAAGACACCGAUGAAUCACGAGACUACGUCUUACUAUUCCCAAUUUCCCGGAUCUUCCCGUUACUCUCAUAAGGAUAUCAUAGAUCCCCAGCUCAUCCUGCUGAAAUACGAGCUGGAUAACAAGUUACAAAUGCGCCAAGGAUCGUCGACGGAAUCGUGCAACGAAAUGAUCCUAUGA